CAGGCGCAGGCGCAGGCGCGUCGACUGAGCGCGGCGGCGGCCAUGGACGACGAGGAGGAGACGUACCGGCUGUGGAAGAUCCGCAAGACCAUCAUGCAGCUGUGCCAUGACCGUGGCUACCUGGUGACCCAGGAUGAGCUGGACCAGACCCUGGAAGAGUUCAAGGCCCAGUUUGGGGACAAGCCGAGUGAGGGGCGGCCACGGCGCACAGACCUCACGGUGCUGGUGGCCCACAACGACGACCCCACUGACCAGAUGUUCGUGUUCUUCCCAGAGGAGCCUAAGGUGGGAAUCAAGACCAUCAAGGUGUACUGCCAGCGGAUGCAGGAGGAGAACAUCACGCGGGCCCUCAUCGUGGUGCAGCAGGGCAUGACCCCGUCCGCCAAGCAGUCUCUGGUGGACAUGGCCCCCAAGUACGUCCUGGAGCAGUUUCUGCAGCAGGAGCUGCUCAUCAACAUCACGGAGCACGAGCUGGUCCCAGAGCAUGUCGUCAUGACCAAAGAGGAGGUGACAGAGCUCCUGGCCCGGUAUAAACUCCGGGAGAACCAGCUGCCCAGGAUCCAGGCGGGAGACCCGGUGGCCCGCUACUUCGGGAUAAAGCGAGGGCAGGUGGUGAAGGUGAUCCGGCCCAGCGAGACUGCCGGCAGGUACAUCACCUACCGGCUGGUGCAGUAGCCGCCCCGCGAGCCGGCGAGACGUGCCGUGUGGCCACGGGGCCUGCCUGUCCAGGAGUGAGCCGCAGCUUUCCUGUCCCCUUACCCCACAGUCGUCUCUGUCACCUCCCUGUCGGGAGGGCGUGGAGGCAGCCCCGCUUCCUGCCCGGCCGGGCUCGCCUCGCACAGCAGGCCUGACACGUGGUGGUGCGCCCGUCUCUCUCCUGCCCUGCGGCCUGGAGGCAGAUGGGGCUGUGCCCCCACCCCCUGCCACGAGGACCCUCACCGCUGCUUCUCCGGACCCUGGGGUGACCCCGCCUGGGUGCUGAGCCCCACGCUGGACCCCGCAUGAACAAGCCUCCAGAGGGGACAGGACGCCACAGGGAGGCUCGCAGCAGCCAGUGACCUGCAGCCGUCCUGGUUCAAGUGUCCGGCCGGCCUCCAGCAGGGCGGCCCGGCCGUCUGUCCACGGGGCGGUGGGGGGGUCAGCUGCUCCGAUGCUGGGUGUCUGUAAGAGUGAACGUAUCGGAGUAAAUAAAUUGGCCGGUCCGGAGCAGCGAGGCGGAGUGACAGGUCUGCCGUGAGUGGCCUCGCUCGAGGCCUGGACCCUGGGCCCGUCCCUGUGUUCCGCGGGGCCUGCUGCCCCUCCCCCCAUGGGGGCCGCGUCCAGGCGGGUCCCUGUCCGGAGUCUGCAGUGGGGGCGGACAGCGGAGGGCUUGCUCUCUGCCGUUCCGGCGUUCUCUUGCGUGGAAGCGCGUGGUCCGGUUACCCAGUCUCCGCGUCAGCGAUUCCGCGCGGGAGGCCGUCCUGGUCUGCUGGAAGGUUGGCUGUCCUUGUCUUUCAGCCGGCUUUAUCGCGCUCUGGUUCACGUGUCACAGUGGACGUGUGCGGGAUGCCCCUCGGUGGCUCUCAGGUACCAUCAGUUUUAGAACUCGUCACCCCGAAGCAGCCCCGUCCCCAUCCCCCCACGAGCACCUUCCCGUGCGUGGAGGUCUAGUCUGGGCGUGUCACGCGUGGACUCAGCCUGGUGCCCUUCUGUGUCCGGCUCCCUCCCUGCGUGUCUGGGCUCGGGGUCUGUCCCCGGGGCCGCAGGUGGGGGCCUCGCUCCCGCUCGGGGCCGGGGACGCUCCCAUCCAUGGGGGACACGUGCCGUCUGUCCAGCUGCGAGUGCAGACACCCCGUUACCCACUUACCCUCCGGCGGACCCUGGACGUGCGCGUCGUGGGCCGUGAUUUAUGACCACCGCUGCCGCGAGCGUCGGCGUACGGGUUCUGUGUGGACUUGUGGGUGCGUUUUUUCUGGGGGUGUGUCGAGCUGUGGACUCGCUGGCCUGUGCGCACGCGGGUUACCCGGUGCAGAAAUCGCUGGGCUGUUCGGUGCCUUGGGGGCCCCGAGUCCCAGUCGCACGGCCUUGCCUGCGCUCGCUGCCGGUGCCCCGCACGCGAUUCCCGUCCCCUGAUGACUGAGCCCGUGAGUGGCUCUCUGGUGCCGGGGGCCACGUACGGUCGUCUCUGCAGGAGGGCGUGUCCUCCGCACGUGGCGUGUGGUUGGGCCGCGCGUCCCUGUCGCCCCCGGCACAGGCCACAGGCACGCGCACGUGUCUCCUCACAUACGCGCCUGGCAGGGCCGUGUCCGAGACUGCGACUCCUGAAACGUUCGUUGGUAAGCUUGGGGAGUUUGCUCGUGGCCUGAAGUUCGGGGGUUGACUCGGGCCUGUGUGACGCGGGGAUGUGCUUUCCCCUGGACAGACCGGGGUCACGGUACUUUCUAGAAUGGCACUGGGGCCUCCUGUGCGUGUGCACAGGCACGGGGCUGUUUCAGGGUCCCACAGACCCAUCGCGUGUUAGAGGAGCUUGUUCCCACCCCCCAGAUAUACGUGCCCUGCCUUCCAAAGUCAGCUUGACCAGAGUAAGCCAGACCCAGAAGGAUGGAACCUACAGGACCCCCUCCCAGGAGGGCCCCAGAGGCGGCCUGUCCCCACACCGGAACACGGUCCAGCCUCAGGAAGGGCGGGACCCUGACCCCUGCUACGAUGCAGAGGGACCCUGAGGACACCAGGCUCGGCAAGAGCGGCCAGACCCAGAAGGACCCGUCCCGCAGGUCCCCACUCCAGGAGGUCUGCAGGAGUCCCGUCCGCCCGCGGGGACAGAGAGGAGAGGGUGGGGGCCGGGGCAGGGGCAGGAGUGGGAAGUCCCUCCUUCGUGAGGACAGGGUCUCUGUGUGGGGGGACGGGCCGUUCUGGAGGCGGAGGGCGGGGUGUGAGUGCUUCCCGCCCGGAGCCGCGCGCAGAGCCGGGGAAUGUCCUGGGUGUCUUAACCACAGUAAAAUAAAUUUGGUUAUUGGCGUUUUUUCCUGUCACAGGGUUUUAAUUGUGUUUUGUCUGUAAAUAAACGUGUGAAGCUGUG